GACUACAUACAAAGUGACAUGGUUAACAUCGCUGUACUGUUUGGAGUUGAGUAAAUAUUGCAUUUCAUAUUAACUUUCACUGAGUUCAAAGACAAGACUCGAAUUGCACACCAUGAAACUGUUCUGUUUGUUCAGUGUCGGAGUUUCUAUCAGUCUAGUUACAGCUUGGAUAGGUGAUUGCUGGGAAAACUGCAUUUUGGGAAAAAAUGACACAUGUCCGGAAGGUUUUGAAUGCAGGUCAAACGGUGGCUGUGGACUCGAGUGCUACCCAAGGCCAGUAACUCCUCCAAUAGACCCUUGCGUGGAACGUUGCACUGAGAAAUAUAACAACUGCCCAAUUGGUUUUGAAUGCAGGUCAAACGGCUGUUACCCACAGAGAUCAUUCUGCGGUCCCUUGAUGUUUGAGAUGUAUUGUCAAUUUGGUCUUUACGUAAUAGGCGGUUGUGUCCGAUGUUCAUGCAAUCCAGAUCCACUUAUCCCAUAAUUCUCAACAUCAAAAGUUGUUUUCAACGACCAAUUGGAUUGACAAAAAGGAAGUAAAUAUUUAUUUUGUUAUAUAAUUUUUGUAUGUCGACUGAAUCUUGUUUUAAAAAGUAUCACUAGUAAACGCUCUCAUUGAAACAGAAAA